CGCCGCCGCCGCCGCCGGAGGAAGCGCCGCCGCCGCCGCCCUCAGUGUCCGCCCGAGCCGGGAGGGGAGAGGCCCGCACAGCCCCCACCAUGAACAAGUUGAAAUCAUCGCAGAAGGAUAAAGUGCGUCAGUUUAUGGUCUUCACACAGUCUAGUGAAAAGACAGCAGUCAGUUGUCUGUCUCAAAAUGACUGGAAGUUAGAUGUUGCAACAGACAACUUUUUCCAAAAUCCUGAACUUUAUAUACGAGAGAGUGUUAAAGGAUCACUGGACAGAAAGAAAUUAGAACAACUAUAUAACAGAUACAAAGAUCCUCAAGAUGAAAAUAAGAUUGGUAUAGAUGGAAUACAGCAGUUCUGUGAUGACCUAGCUCUUGACCCAGCCAGCAUCACUGUACUCAUCAUCGCAUGGAAAUUCCGGGCUGCAACACAGUGUGAAUUUUCAAAGCUGGAAUUCAUGGAUGGAAUGACUGAGCUGGGAUGUGACAGCAUAGAAAAACUGAAGGCCCAGAUUCCUAAAAUGGAACAAGAAUUAAAAGAGCCGGGAAGAUUUAAGGAUUUUUAUCAAUUUACUUUCAACUUUGCAAAGAACCCGGGACAGAAAGGUUUAGAUUUAGAAAUGGCCAUUGCCUACUGGAAUUUAGUACUUAAUGGAAGAUUUAAAUUUCUAGACUUGUGGAACAAAUUUUUGUUGGAACAUCAUAAAAGAUCAAUUCCUAAGGAUACCUGGAACCUUCUUCUAGACUUUAGUACAAUGAUAGCAGAUGAUAUGUCUAACUAUGAUGAGGAAGGGGCAUGGCCAGUUCUUAUUGAUGACUUUGUGGAAUUUGCACGCCCUCAAAUUGCUGGGACAAAAAGUACGACAGUGUAGCACUAAAGGACCCUUCUAGAGUGUACAUAGUCUGUACAAUACCUGAAAUGGAAAAUUGCACAGUCAAUUUCUGCUGGCUGGACUGAACUGAAGAUCAAUCCUCACAAUAUGGCUGAGGGUUGAGACAAACCUUUAAGGAUACAUCUUGGACCAUAUCAUAUUUCAUUCUUCUACUGGUGGUUUGGGCUUUUCUUUUAGUCUGGACCACUCUUGCCCGUUAAAAUUCCAACACUGUGGAUUUCAUCAUGGAUUUAUUUUUUGUUGGUGGAUCACCCUAGUUUCAUCUCCCAUAAGUCCUAGAAGCUUUAUAAUUAUUUUGAGGUUUCUGAUUUCACAUAAAGCACAACGCUGGUCAUCAUCAGACAACUGUUGUAUGGCAUCUGAAUUAUACAGAUCAACAUCAAAACAAUUUUUAAAAGAAUCCUUAAAUACACACUUGGGGCUAGUUGCAAAGACUGUAUAAGUGAUAGCACUUCCUGCAAGAGUGAUAUAUUAUGUGUACUGGGUCCGAGUUUUUUCUUUUCUGGAGAAGUGCAGGUGUCGUCUGAGUUUGAGGCUGUGGUCGCAGCAGUGACAGGAAUGACCAAGGAGCCCCAGGGCUGUUGAUUGGGGGUCUCUGGUGCCUGGCUGAGGUUUGCUGGUGGCUCAGCUGCUCUGGGGACAGCUUGGGGACGACACAACUCGAGCACUUCCACCCUGUGGGCCAUGGCGGAGCCCGCAGUGGCCGAGCUGUGCUCUCACAGAAGCCAGCGUUCUCUAGGUUCUAAGAAAUCAGAUUUCAUUACAGUUUUGAAAUGCUUAUCUGUCUGUCAAAGAAAGGUUUUUCAUUUCUGUGGAAAUCAAACACUUGAAUAUACUGAAUUUGUGUCUUAACUGUUUGCUACACAAUACAGUAUUUUAAAUUGAGACAUGUGACUUUUAUGGCUGAGGUGUGACGAAGCAAAUGGCCCUGUUGUACAAGAAGCUGGUGAGGUUGAUGUGAAUCUGGGUUUUGAAACCAUUAUCCUGGUAAGUUAAAUCUUCAUAACAUAGAGGUACUGCCAUUAUGGAUGACACCCUUUUUUAAAUUAUUUUGCUGAGUUUUCUUUAAAUUUCCUUAUCACUGUGGUUGCCAAAUACAGAAAUUAAGAGUAAAGCUUUCCCAAACAAGCACAGAUCAGAUACAAACUACUACACUGGCUUUGUUUGUUUAAAUUAUUUUGUUGAUCAUCACUACUUCUGUCUUGCUGCAUUUGACUGAAUUGCUUCAUUUGGAUCAAAGCAGGUUUUAUCAGAUGCAAUUCUUUAAUAAUACAAGAGCUCUUUAGCUGCUUUUAUGGUCUUUUACUCCUCACUGAGUUACUUGUAAAGAGAUGUGAUAAAUCCUGCUCUGGAAAACAAGCUGAAAAAGAAUGAGCUCCAGGAGAGGAGACAGACCAUACUUAAAAGUGAGAAGAGGGGGUUUAAGUCCAUGCUCUAAAGAGUGCCCUGAUAAGGCAAGAAUUGUUCUUGAGAUGAGUCACUGGUACUUGCACUAGACUGCAGCACGUUUUUAUGCAGAUGGUAAAAGUAUUUUGGAGAAAAAUUGAGUAUUAAACAGCUAAAAUUUUUAUUUGUACUCUGUGCAGUUGACUUUAAGGCUGGCUCCACUUACAGCAGUGCCCUUUUGGCAAAUGCAGUUGUGCAUUUAUUCCAAAAAUACAGUUCCUCAAAAACAUUGCAGACUGUCUCCAGCUACUGGAAUUGGCUAUGCCAAAAACUGUGUGUUUUGCUGCUUUCAAUAUUUUGUUUCUCAGUUUUGUGUAAAUAAAAAUGGGGACAUGAAAUUAUGGGGUGGGUGGGGUGGAAA